AUGGCGCUGGGUCCCAACUACUGGAACAUCGGCAAACUCACCUUUGACGAUUGCUACCACGCCCUUAACGACCCAGAUAGACCGAUCUCCAGCCUCCGCACAUCCAAAGCUUUGGGGACACAACAAUUCCAGGUUUUUCUCGCCUGGCCGAUCCGAUCAACCAGUUCAAAAACCAUCACUCUCCCAGCCACCAAAACAGCCUACCACCUCCCCUCCCUGUCUUUUGACUCAGACUGGCAGCCCCAUCCUCUCAGCAACUCCUCCCCAGACUCCCCGUACAGACACGUCUUCGUCAAAGCCUCCCUCUCUUGCGCCCUCGUCGAGCUCCCAAGCAGCCCCAACAGCAUCUAUUCCUCCUUCAAACACCCCAACCUCCUAACUUACUCCACCCAACGCGUCUACCUCCCCCCCGAAGCCUUCAUCCCCAACCCCAAACCAACCAGCCCCGACACCACCCCAGACGACAGUAGUUCCAACCAGCCCCCCACCCGCCACUACCUCGGCUUCCAAACCUGCCGCCACCAACCCUCCUACCACCCUGAAACAACCAAUCCCCUCCUCAACCAAGCCCGCUACAACGGGGGCCAACCCCGCGACAUCCUCGAAGAAAGCCUCAACAUCUUCUACAACAACGGAAUGCGCUGCUGGCGCCCCCCACUAAAAUCAACAUCAUCAUCCCCCCCUCCUCCGGGCACCAACCCCAACCCCAACACCCACCUCCAACCUGAAACAAGCGUCUACCGCCCCCAAGUCUGCCACCUCUGCCAAACACGCUACCGAGCAGCGGUGUACACCUGGCCUACAGACCCAUCCCUGCCCGCCGCCAAGGAAAUCGUCGUUCACGUCUGGCAGAAUCUGGGGUCUUUCCAGGAAAAACACGGUCACAUGAAGGGGAACUUUCCACAGUCUUGGUUCGCCCCGGUGGGAGGAAAGAUGGAAAAAGGGGAGUACACAAGGGAUGCCAGGCCUGCUUUUUUGAUGGGGUGGGAUGCUCGUCUGGGGGCUGGGUAUUGGGGUGAGUAUGAGAACGACAUCGACGGGCCAAAUGCGAUUCCCUACUGCAUCCUCUCACACACCUGGGGUGAUGAUGAAGUCACUUUUCAGGACAUACAGAACUCGUUCGACACUGCCGUUCAUAAGAAGGGCUUUGAGAAAAUAAAAGGAAUGUGCGAGCUCACGCUUGAAUACGGACACUCCCACGCUUGGGUUGAUACAUGCUGCAUCGACAAGACCAGCAGCGCCGAGCUGACCGAGUCGAUCAAUUCCAUGUUCCACUGGUACCAGAAAGCAGCACUAUGCGUUGUUUACCUCGAGGAUUUUGCGCUCACUGAUGGCCAACUCACACCCACCAAAGCUGACCUUCAACCAUGCCGAUGGUUUACCCGGGGCUGGACCUUGCAAGAGCUGGUCGCGCCGAGGGACAUCAUAUUUCACGAUUGCAACUGGACCCAGUGUGGUUCAAAGGUGCAACUUCUGAACAUCCUCUAUCGCAUCACGAGCAUCGACAUUACUAUUCUCCAAUCUUCGGAUAAGCUGUACCAAGUACCCGUCGCUCAGAAAAUGUCGUGGGCAGCUAAAAGAAACACGACACGAAUAGAAGACAUGGCAUAUUGUCUCCUGGGCAUCUUCGGUAUCCACAUGCCGCUGAUAUACGGCGAAAGAGAAAAGGCCUUCCUCCGUCUCCAGGAACAUAUAGCUCAGAAGACAAACGACAUGUCUUUAUUUGCCUGGCAACAUAGCAAAACUGAACUCGGACUCAGACACUCCGGUAUAUUGGCGAGCCACCCCUCUUGGUUCGCCGGCGCUUCUGAUAUCAAACACUGGCUUGAUCCCGUUAUACCAACGCCGUCGUGGAUUAUCACCAACACUGGUCUUGAGCUCCACACAGCACUUGACUCCUCACGCGGUGAAACUGGUCACCGGCUAUACCUGCGCUGUACAAGUGGCCAUGUCGACGACAAAGAUGGAGAUCCUCCCGUUUUCACAAUCUGGCUGCGGAAGAUCAAAUGA